AUGCCGAAGCUUCUACAUGUCCUGGACUCCGAGGUCGAGGUGGCAAUAGCGGCCCCUGAGCAAGCUUCACCGAUGGCAACGUCAAUAAGUGGAACAACAGUUCAGAGUAUUCCUGCCGACUCUCCGAGGCCGUCCAGUUUUGUUAACCCGCAUGGUGAGAUGAGCGCAGAUUGGUGGGACGAAAGGCGAGAUACUGUGAAGGUCCCUCUAGAGCGACUCUGGCUAAGCCCUGACCAGAAAUCAGCUCUCCAGGGGCUGUACACAGCUCAACAGGUGUACCGCCGUACCUUCUCCACCACCACCGCUGGCCAAGAUGACGCACGUAACCUCCUAUCUCGCCAUUCGUUGAACAUUGAAAGUCGGGGCCAGCUCGAGAGUCGUUGGACCACGGUGUGGAGUACGAAGUGGAGAACCCGUGCUGGCGACGUUCAUCGAGUGCUCGUUCAGUGCGCCUGUGGAUACAACACUGCAGCUAGGCAACAGCGUGUUACCGUGCAGCAGAAGAAAACAAACCCACAAGAUCCUUGGUCACGACACGCUCCAUACGACUUUACGGGUUGCUUGGCUCAUGCAGACGUCACAUACUCGGAUCAAAAUGUCGUUACUCGUGUUGUUGGUAUUCUCGAUCAUAACGACGAGUGUCGAGAAGCAUGUCUUGUACGAUAUCCAGCUGUUCCUCUCCAUCCUCACGUUCUUGAAGUGGCACUUGCACAGCUUGCAAGUGGCGCGAGGAUUCGAGCGGUGCGUAAACGGAAUACGGAACUUUUCGAACAACAAGCCUAUCGAGACCAGAAGACUACAGAUCCACUUCGAGCCAACUACCGCUACGAAUUACUCAAGUCCGACUACUGCCGACUUCAUCGCCGACAUCACCAAACGAAAGGGAUCGAUGUUGAGAAUCUACCACAGUAUAAUAUCGAUGAGUGGCUGCAGCCUGGUCACCCGAACUUCAAACACGCUAUUUACGAAGCCGUCUUUCAUUAUGCUCGACGUACAGAGAAGAGCGAGCGCUUUCAGAUGAUUCUUGACGGCACCUUCGGUGUCUCAACUUCUCGACUUCUCCUAUUCAUUGCAAUGGGUAUCGAUGAAGAGCGCAAGGGGGUACCUAUUGCGUUGUUCCUCUUCUCCGCUCCCACGGGAAAUCGAGCUACGCAUGCGGGCUACGAUACGAAGAUUCUGACUGAGCUGUUGACCCACUGGAAGCAGUGGAUGACAAAACGAAAAUCUGCGGCAGGGCGAACAUUCGGACCAGGAACAGUCAUCACAGACACAGACACCAAGGAGCGUGGUGCAUUGAGUAUAGUCUGGCCAAACAUUAUUCUCCUUCUUUGCAAGUUUCAUCUUCGGCAAUGUUGGACGAACAAGAGAACGACACUGUUGGGUAAACGAGAGGAGUCGUUCUGGAAGACGAACGUGAAUAGUCGUCUUCGUGACCUCGAGAAUGCUCUUAUACAAACCACGGAUCAUAACUGCGCCCAAGGCCUAAUCGACUCGGAGCGCAACUACCUACGAAUUCUUCAGGCUCAGUCAGAUAGUUCGCCCUUUGGUGCCGCCGGUAUCAUCUUUCUAGAUUACUUGACCAGCACCUGGAUGAGCGAGGACCUAUGGAAAAGCUGGUCUCAGCGGGGACGAAAUGACGCUGCUACUCGUCUCGGCGUCCCUGUUGACGGCAUUCUUCCUACCACCAACCAUCUCGAAUCAUUCAACGGCGUACUGAAGAAUGAUGAUCUCCCAGAGCUUCAACGUGCAGGUCGACGACUUCGUUUCGACGUGCUCAUCUUCUAUCUGAUCACGAAAAUCCUUCCACGCAUCUUCGCCCAACUUCGCGUUGACCGUCACUACCUCGAGUGGCGGCGAAAGCGAUUUACUCUCGCCACUGGAGGUGCUACAAUUCCUGACCACAACACUCAUUUGCCCGCCACCCCUUUCGCCUGGUUUUCUGAUGACGAGAGAAGAGAAGCCGAUGCCGUUAUAAUCAGCCACUCUCGUCGUCUUUGUCCUAUACCAAGUAAUAUGCCUUAUGAGCUGUGGGCUACCUGUGCCACAUCGUCUGCUGAUGUAACGUCAUCGGGGUAUCCGCGCUACUGGCUUUCGAUGCACGCAUCUGGGGCUGCGACGUGCAGCUGUCCAGACUGGUUGCAGAGAGGCGGUGCUUGCAAGCAUCUCCGUGCAUUCCGUCUGGUCAUUAAGUACUGGACGAGCACUGGACAGGUUCCCGACUGCUACUUAUUCCCCGCCACCCGCGACGAUGCUCUCGAUACUGAGGCUAAAAACAAAGCGUGGUAUGGCGAUAAUUUCGCCCACACCAUCACUGCGGCAUUAUCCCUUAUCGUUUGGCCCACGGGUUGCUCUACUCCGACCCCACCGCCGAACAUGAUCGUUUGUAGACCCCUUGACAUGCCAAAUACCAUCACUCUUCCUCCACCAAAUCUUCCCCCGACCGAAAUACUAUCGUCUAUGGAUGCUGAGGCUGAGCUCGAAAAUUUGCUUUCAGAAGAGGCGGAUACAAAGGAAGACGCGAAAGGGAUAGUAGAUAAAGUCGGCGACCAGGAAAGCGAGAAUUGGGAGGCCACAGCCGAAUCCUCGAAUCGACGUGCGAUAGCUACCCAGAUCCAAAACCGGGUAGAUCAUGAAGUUGCGCAGUUGCUACCUAAGCUUCAUGGACUGGCGUCCUUGAUAGGUGAUGCAGUGAGCUUGAAAUCAUCGUUGAACCUCUUAGAGCUUCAUGAGGUUUUACAAAACCUCAGCGACGAUGUCGGCAAGCAUUUGAAGGGGGAUGAUUCAUACGGCAGUAUUGGAGGGUCCAUUGCACAUCUCGCAGAGAGUGCACAAAAUGGCGGCCCUCACUAUUCACCUCCUAAAACACCACCACGCUUUGGGGUCAAGCGGGAUCGCGAGAUGGACAGCGGGGAACAAUCCAUACUCUUGCAGCCAUCGCCGGAAGCGAAGCAAAGGCCGAUAUAUGGGCCUGGUCUCGUCAUAACAUCCUUUCGAAGCUUCCCAGUCCUGCCCGAAAACUAUUCGCCAACUCUGGCAGACGUCAAGUACAAAAUCCCUUCAAUGAUUCCAUUCAACUUCCAAAUAAGGCAGACAAAACAGAACAACAGCACGCCAUGGAUGUUCCCUAUAUCACCUCUUCGUAAACGCUUCCCAACUCACCCGCGUCUACCACCUCGAACACAGCUUAGGUCACGGCCGCAUCCGCAUCUCCGUCCUCUUCCGCCCCGUCGCCGCCAAACUCCCGCUCGACCUCCGCGGCUCAACACCGGAACACUCCACCUCCGGGACGUCAGCGUGCGCACUGACGGGUCUGAGAAAGACUUGAAAAAGUGUGAGCUCCGUCUGAAAACGACUAUGACCUCGACGGAACAGAAGGUCGCGAGGCAUGCUGUCGACGUCAGGUGGGAUGGGGAGAUUGUGUGGAUGAAGGAAGAGGCGGAGACGGUGUUGCCUGUGAGGCAGACAUAUAGCGCUGCAUUGGUCGUUGCGUUCAAGCAUGGUGGGAUCACGAAGGGGAAACAUGCGCUCGGGGUGACCGUGCUUUGGUUGCGCGAUAUAGUGGAUCGGGAGGAGAGGAAGAUCAAGAUCCCGCUUUGGAGGGAGAAGUUCAAGAGAAUUGGGACGAUCACGUUGGAUGCACAGUUUUUGUCUGGGAUACCGGAGGCGCAUAGGGGGAUGUUAAUGAGUGAAAACGCGACCGCGCAGGAUAGAUGGGAUGAGGACGAGGUGGUGAGGAGACAUGGAGGGUGGGACGAGUCUGAGGUUGGGGAGUUGCAGGUCGCGACGCCACAGAAGGUGGAAACGCCACAGCUGAUGCCAGUGGGGACGCCCAUGGAGGAGAAGGAAAACGAUUCAGCAACAGCAAAAUGUCAGCUUGACGGUGAGGCGAGCCAUAUGAAUGGCGGUCAAGGAGAACAGACACCACCCGGUCGUUCGCCGAUGCAGAAAAGCCAGUCCACCAACGAUUGGUCUAAUAACCCCACCACAGGUCACUCACCCGUGAUGAGACGCGAAACUAGAGUCUACUCUCACAAGGGACGAAUGACUCGUCGAACGUGGCUGACACGGGAUGACGGACGGAGAGCAGUAACGGUAACGGUGCAAAUCAACAUCAGAAGGAUAAAGAAUAAAGGAUAA